GGUUUCUGUCCCUGCAGGAGGCCUCCGGGGAGCCACCGUGGUGGAUGCUUUGGAUACCCUGUACGUCAUGGAGCUGCAGGAAGAAUUCCAGGAAGCCAAAGAUUGGGUGGAGAAGAGCUUUGACUUGAAUGUGCAGAAUGGCGAAGCUUCCUUAUUUGAAGUGAACAUCCGCUACGUUGGGGGACUUCUGUCUGCGUAUUACCUGACGGGCGAAGAGGUCUUCAAGAGCAAAGCUCUAGAACUUGGGGAGAAGCUUCUCCCGGCCUUUAACACACCGACCGGAAUCCCACGAGGAGUCAUCAACCUGGGCAGUGGCAUGAGCUGGAGUUGGGGAUGGGCAUCAGCGGGAAGCAGCAUUUUAGCUGAAUUCGGGAGCCUCCACUUAGAGUUUAUGCACCUUUCAGAACUGUCUGGAAAUCCCAUAUACGCCGAAAAAGUAAUGAAUAUCCGCAAAGUCCUGAAUAGAAUUGAGAAACCUCACGGACUUUACCCAAACUUUCUCAGUCCGGUCACAGGGAACUGGGUACAGCAUCAUGUCUCUGUCGGUGGCCUGGGGGACAGUUUUUAUGAAUAUCUGAUCAAAUCUUGGCUCAUGUCAGAUAAGCAAGAUAGCGAAGCCAAAACCAUGUAUGAUAAAGCUCUGGAGGCCAUAGAAAAGCACCUUGUCAAAAAAUCGCCCGGUGGGCUAACCUACAUUGCCGAAUGGCGAGGAGGCAUCUUGGACCAUAAAAUGGGGCACUUGGCUUGCUUUUCUGGUGGCAUGAUCGCCCUUGGAGGGGAACACGCCCCGGAAGAAGAGAAACAGCACUAUUUGGAUCUAGCUGGGGAAAUCACACACACUUGUCAUGAAUCUUACAUUCGCUCAGAUACCAACCUGGGCCCUGAAGCAUUCCGUUUUGAUUCUGGAGCGGAAGCAAUGGCCACACGACUCAGUGAUCGUUAUUACAUCCUGCGCCCCGAGGUUGUAGAGAGCUACUUCUACUUGUGGAGAUUGACACAUGACCCCAAGUACAGAGAGUGGGGUUGGGAAGCUGUCCAAGCGCUGGAGAAAUUUUGCCGAGUCGAAGCUGGUUUCUCUGGGAUCCGCGAUGUGUACACAACCACCCCAAGCCAUGACAACAUGCAGCAGAGCUUUUUUCUGGCAGAGACGUUAAAGUAUCUCUAUCUUCUGUUCUCUGAAGAUGAUGUGCUCUCCCUCAAGGACUGGGUGUUCAACACUGAAGCUCACCCGUUGCCUGUGAAUCACACAGACUUUGCCCUGAAGACAAGCAUGCAGUAGGAGCAACUUCGCCCUUCUGGGUUCUGUGAAGGGAUCCGGAGGGGUUGCUUGCUUGCUUCUUUUUUUUUUCCUCCUUUCCAGUAAAGGAAUGCACAUAUUCCUGGAAAGGUAUUUUGGGGGCAUUCGUCCAAUUCCGGACAGCAUUAUAUCGGGGAGUAUAAAAAAAACUGUGAAACAAGCACCUUCAUGGGGUUUUUUUUUCCUCUGUGAGGAAACUUAUAACCUGAUAAUUGGAUGUUGAUUACGGGCCAUAAGACAGACAAAAUCGCAGACGUUCCUUUCUAUGAAGAAUUUCUACGGAAUCCACUGACUUUCGCUUUUGCGUGGCCAAAGGAUCAGGAGUUUGCCAUAAAAUAGAUGUCGGUUUGUGCCAUUCUUCUUGCCCCAAACUUGCUCCCUCUUUUUUUUAUAUAUAUAUAUACCAUUGAUUUUUCUCCCCCACCUUUCUGACCUAUACUUUUUUUUUUAAGCAGUACACAUCUCAAGAGAUCCUGGUUAAGGAGUCUUUCUAAAUCCCACGCACUUCUUUCUUUCCCCCUUUCCUCACCCAUCUUUUCACUCUCUUCAAACGUUUGCCAACUUUUUCUUUUCUUUUUCGGGUUUUCCUGGGUUUUGCUUGAUCACUUUCCUUUGAUUCUGUACCCCCCCUUCCUCUGGAGCAAAACCUUACGAGGCAUUUGUAAUGAUUUCAUUUCUGUAAUGCUCAGAUGUGAAAAAUGAAAUAAAAAUUCAUGUCGGCUAAAAAAAGAAAAGAGAGAGA